AUGGACAACAUAGAAGGAGUUUUAAACACAGUACAAGUGGUCUUGAUAGGUAUGACGAUCGCCAAUUUCCUUCAAAACACUGGUCGUCUUUCACCAGCCAUAAAGUUGUGUGAGGAAUGCUUGAUUUUACUAAACAGUCAGGCGCUCGAUAAGGAUGGUCCAAUUACCGACUCAAUUCUCGUUAAGAGUAUCUACACCAUAAUGGCCAAAGCAAAAGAAAAAUGCGUCAGGGAACUCCUUCUCCUGCACCAGGACUCUGAUGACACCUUCCUACAGGGAAGGUUGAAUAUGUUACUGGCAACUACACUUCAAGAUCAAUCGAAGUUUGUGGAGGCCAGAGAAAUUUAUGAGAGAGCAAUAAAAAUUAUGAAAACAAAUGACGACAAAAUAGGAAAAGCAAUUUGUUACGGAAACUUAGCAACAUUACUCUAUUCCUUUAGAGAAUAUGACAAAUGUAAAAAAUAUCUGGAGAAGGCCCUUGCGAUCAAAACCCAAAUUGGUGACAGAGUCGGAGAAGCAAUGUAUUACAGAGAACUAGGAAAAGUGUCCCAAUUGCUUGGUAACUAUGAUAAGGCACAAGAAUAUUACAUGAAAGCACUUACCAUCAGAACGCAAAUUGGUGACAAAGAGGGAGAAGCAGUAGUUUACAGAAACCUAGGAACCGCGCAAGAAUAUCACGAGAAAGCACUUGCUAUCAGUCUGGAAAUUGGUGACAGAAACGGACAAGGAAGGGAUUACGGAAACCUAGGAACAGUGUUCCAAUCGCUCGGUAAUUAUGCCCAGGCGCAAGAAUAUCACGAGAAAGCACUUGCUAUCAGUCUGGAAAUUGGUGACAGAAAAGGAGAAGGAAGGGAUUACGGAAACCUAGGAAGAGUGUUCCAAUCGCUCGGAACAGUGUUCCAACAGCUUGGUAAUUAUGACAAGGCACAAGAAUAUUACGAGAAAGCACUUGCUAUCAGUCUGAAACUUCGCGACAGAAAUGGAAAAGCUAAUUGUUAUAAAAACCUAGGGGCUUUGUUUCUGUCACUCGGGAAAUACCCUAGAGCAGAUAAAUAUCUAGUGCAAGCACUGGCAAUAGCAAAGGAAAUUGGCGACAAACAUGGAGAAGCUGUAGUUUACGGUAAUUUGGGGAUAAUUUCUCGUCGUCUUCAUGAUUAUGAAAAGGCCCAAGAAUAUUACGAGAAAGCCCUUGCGAUCUUUGAGGAAAUUGGCUACAGAGAUGGAGAAGCAGUCGAGUACUUAAAUUUGGGGGCAUGUUUCCAAUCGCUUGGCAUGUAUAACGUGGCCGAAAAAUACAUCAAGAGGGCCUUAUUAAUAAGCAAGAAUAUUGGACACAACUUGAGUGAAUUCAAGUGCCUUUGUCAACUAACGCUGUUGAAGCUAUCACAAUUUAAUAUCAAAGAGGCCAUGUCAUAUCUUUUUCAGUGUAUUGGAAAAUUCGACACGUUGCGAGGUUUCCUUAAAGAUAACGAUCACUUUAAGACUUCUCUUCUAGAGGAGCACGGCAAUUUUCCAUACAAGUUGCUCAGCAAGUUGCUUUCUUCUACUGGGAAGCCAAGAGAUGCUCUCUAUGUUGAGGAGCUGAGACGGGCAAGAGGCCUCACCGACUUCAUGGCAGCAAGGUACUCUGUUCAAGAGUUGAUCUCAGGGAACCCACAGUCAUGGCAUGGCAUUCACAAUAUCAUCACAAAAGAAACGGACUGUACGUGUCUUUAUAUUUCAGUUGAAAAAGAACAUGCACGGUACUGGAUUCUGGAAGCAUCAGGAGCCAUUCAUUUCUCACGAAAGAAAGUGAGUCUGGAGAAACACGUGGUGACAAAAUUAGUUCCUGAUUUGGAUGAGUUUUUCACAAAAAGCUUUCGCAGUCUUGGCAUUUUACCCCAACAGAAUUGCGAAGAUCGAUCAUUAGAUGACACCGAAUCGAUGCCCCCUCAUUAUGACAAUCGCGGGCUCAUGCGUGAUUAUGAUCCCAAAGAUUUCAAAAUGAAUCUUCAGUCGUGUUACGAGAUAAUCAUCGCUCCCAUGGCCAAUUUACUGAAAGAGCCCGAGAUCAUAAUUGUCCCUGAAUCCUGUAUGUACCAAGUCCCGUUUGCAGCCAUCAGUGACGAAGGAGGAAAAUAUUUAGCGGAUACUUUCAGGAUCCGCGUCGUUCCCUCUCUAACGACUCUAAAGCUAAUUCAGGACAGUUCCCCCGACUAUCACAGUCAGAGAGGAGCACUGAUAGUGGGUGAUCCUGAGGUUGGUGAGGUGCUUUUGAAAGGAAGAUGCAGGAUCAUAGCAUCGUUGCCAUGCGCACGAAAGGAAGCAGAAAUGAUUGGACGACUUCUAGGAGUGACACCUUUGACUGGAGACCGUGCAACAAAGAAGGCAGUUCUUGACGCAAUAAAUUCAGUAAGUCUGAUUCACUUUGCUGCCCAUGGUGAUGCCGAAAGAGGAGAGAUUGCUCUAUCUCCUAAUUGCCCCACCACCUUCAUUCCACAAGACGAAAACUACCUCUUGACGAUGGCGGACAUUUCAAAACUUCGGCUGCGAGCUAAACUGGUAGUACUUAGCUGUUGUCACAGUGCACGUGGGCAGAUUAAAGCCGAGGGAAUCAUUGGAAUCGCUCGAGCGUUCUUAGGAUCUGGUGCUCGUUCAGUGUUAGCGGCACGGUGGGCCAUAGAAGACACAGCCACGGAGGAAUUCAUGAGAUGUUUCUACCAAAACUUGUUCCGCGGUAAAAGUGCAAGUGAAUCCCUUCACGAGGCUAAGAAAUGGUUGAGAAAAAAAGGCUUCGAAAAAGUUUCUCAAUGGGCUCCGUUCAUGCUCAUUGGCGAUAACGUCACAUUUGAUUUUGAAAAUUGGCCAGUGUCUAAAACAUCCAAACAGCUAUGA